CGCGGCAUGGCGGUUCACGUCCGCGCGAAAGGCCCGGACGGCGCGAAUGACCACACUGGGUGUACGUGGCCAUUGCUAUCUGUGGCAGCGCCCACCGAGCCUCUGCCCAACGAACCUUGGAUUGCCGUCAUCCGCCGUGGCAGCUGUAACUUUGAGAUUAAGGUUCAGAACGCUUGGCGAGCGAACGCUUCCGCUGUGCUCAUAUACAACGACCGGGACACCACGGUGCUGGAGAAAAUGAAACUAUCCACCGACAAUGGACGUAAGUACUAAUUCG